AUGGGGUGCAAGGCUGUGUGCUUCGGACUGUCUUGUCUUCUCUUUGCUUAUUACAUCUACACACCCAUCCCCCAAAACAUUGAGGAGCGCUGGAAAGUCGGGAUCUUGGAUGCUGUCGUGAAAAUUAUCUCACUCAUGGGUACAUUGUUUGAAAGCAUAGGACUUAUGCGGUGCGAAGAAUGGUUUUUCACAAUAAUGAGACUGGAUGUUACAAAACCAAUUUCAGAUGAAAACGUUACGGUCCUCGACACAGCCUUUGGAGACAUUCCGGUACGCCUGUACUUGCCAAAAAGGAAGUUGGAAAAGCAGAGACCAGCGGUGAUUUUUCUCCACGGUGGUGCCUUUGUCUUGGGAACUUGCAAGCUGUCGGCUUAUGACUCCACGAACAGACGGACGGCUAACAAACUCGGUGCUGUUGUCGUCGGAGCAGACUACAGACUAGCUCCUCAGUACCAGUUCCCAGUUUCCCUGGAAGACUCCAUUUUUGUGGUCAAGUUCUUUCUUCAAGAUGACAUUCUUGCAAAAUAUGGAGUGGAUCCCACCCGAAUCUGUAUUUCAGGAGACAGUUCUGGGGGUGUGUUGGCAACAAAAGUGACUGAGCUGCUGCAGAAUGAUCCAGAAUUCAAAAAUAAAAUUAAGGCACAAGCCUUAAUUUACCCUUGCUUACAGUUACUUGAUAUCUUCAUGCCAUCUCACCAGGAAAACAAACACGGGCCGAUUCUGUCCAGGGACCUGGCAAUUAAAUUGGGCUCCCUGUAUUUGACCAAAGAUAAGGCUCUGCCCCAGGCAAUGAGGGAAAACCAGCACAUGCCUCGAGGGUCCAGGCAUUUGUUUAAGUUUGUUAACUGGAGUGUCCUCCUUCCAGAGAAGUAUAAAAAGAACCACGUGUACAAGGAGCCAGUUCUUGGAAAGCUUGACCCUUCAUAUCCACUUCUGAUGGACAGCAGGGUGUCACCUCUGAUAGCCAAUGAUUCUCAGCUGCAGAACCUGCCCUUGACCUACAUCCUCACUUGUGAGCACGAUAUCCUGAGAGAUGACGGGAUCAUCUAUGUCACCCGGCUGCGCAAGGUCGGAGUUCAGGUCACUCACGACCACAUAGAGGACGGAUUCCAUGGAGCCCUGUCGCUCAUAAUGUCACCGUUUCAUUUACGUUUAGGCUAUCGGAUACAGGACAAGUAUAUUAGUUGGUUAGAAGAAAAUCUGUAAGUCUGAACAGUGCACGGAGCUGGCGAGUCAGUGUUAUGAUUGAGGACUGUGGUGUGAAAUAUUGUGAGUUUAACAGACAGAAGGAUGAGUUUGGGAUAAACCUACAUUGAAACUGGAAGAAAGGCUCUCAUGUAUCUUUCAGCCAAUUGGUUAAUUUUCCUAAUCUUAGAUCUUGAUAAAGUGAAGACAUUCACCUUAUUAUUCCCAGGAAAUAUCACUGACCCUGAUAAGCUCUGAGGAAGGACCAGGAGCAGAUGUUCAAACCCAGGCUGGCCGCUCCUGGGCACCCGUGAGGGUGCUAGUGGUGUGUGGAGGGAGCUUAAGGCAGAAGAAUCCCAGUGGCCCUUGUGUAGAGAGGGACAUACACUUGACUGCAGACGUUUUCUCCCCAAAUUCGGUAUUGUCCAUGUAUUAACUGUACAAUAACCUGUUAUUUUUUUCCCAUUCAUUUCAUACAGUCUGCCUACUGCUAGGCUUUUUUGCUCAAAGCAGGAAAAGGUCAAAACCUGGGCUGUGGAUCAUCCCUACAGCCUAAAUGGUUGAGCCUUAAUCAAAUUUUUUAGCAACUCGGACCCUGAAGUUCACUUCAUGGAUUGCUAUGUGCAGUUAAUGAGUCCAGAAACUUCCUUCACCAACUGUGCGUGGCAGUCGGAAUUGUUUAUUCCGUUCUUCUGAAUUUCUGGAAUGAAUCCUUCAACCUCCCAGAGGCUUUGGAAUUAGUAGGACAUUUAAGCUUCAGACCCCUUUGCCUUCCAGUGAUGCUGGGCCUCCCAUGCCAUCCUAAGC